CUCACCGCAAGUGCCACCGUUAGCAUCUCUCGGGCUCCGUGCCGUGCCGUGCCGUUUCGGUGAUCCCGCGUGAAGUGCGUGCAGUGUAUGCCGCAGUGUUUCCGCAGUGAGUGGUGAGAAGCGAUUACAACCACAAACCGGAGAAGCAGUGCGCGAAAAACAAAAAAAAAAACCAAGCCAUGCACGAUAAGCUGGCGGUGCUGGUGGUUGGCGUGGUGCUGUGUGCCUCGCUGGCCAGCCUCCAGGUGGCGAGGACCGACUUCAGUGAUUAUGAAAUCGAUUACGACGAGGAAGGCUUUUGGAUUGGCCACGGGCUCGGAAGCCGCAAAGAGGGAGAUGAAGUCCUGAAGGUGCUGCACAAAUCGGUCGGCCCGUUCGUGGAGCCCCAAAACGUCACCGUGGUGGAGAAGUUCAGCGCGGCCGAUGGUGAAAGUAUUACGUUUACACAAUUCAACUCGUCUAAG